AUGUUAUUACAGUGUGUAAAUAAAUUACCACUAGAUUUUACCAAUAAAAAUGCAUAUUUAGCUGUAUACUAUAGUAGAAUACCCUAUAACGAAAGCGGAAAUAAAGAAAUAGAAAUAAUAAAAAAUUUUAAUUUUUUUAUGAUCCUACAACGAGUACUGAAACAGGUAAUAUUAGGAGUGUUUUUACUAGCCUACUUGCAAAGAGCCAGCUGUGGAGUACCAUACCUCGACAUAGUAAAGAUAAAAGAUUAUUGGUGUGACAAAGCAUUAUAUUUUCACAGAGAAGGGACCAUUCGCAGUGACUUCAUUACAAAAUGUGAGGCUCUUAAGACCGAGGCGCUGUCAUUUGGCCUGAACUUAGAUGAGGCCAUUGAGAAAGGAAACGAGGAUAUAUUCAACAUAAGAUGCCAGACGACAAGUCUUAGAAAAAUAAUAGAAGAAAUGGUGCAGCUGAUAUCUCAAAUAGAGUAUUCUUGCAUUUACAGGAAAGACGCCUCUUUUAUAGCCAAUAUAAAAGUUGAAUUGGAAAAAAUAUUUCUAAAGGCUCUUAACAGAAAUACAUCAAUCGUCAAGGCAAUAAACGAGUACGACUCCCACAUGCUGGAAGUAUUGGAGAGAUACUACGAAAAGAAGUACAAGAGCAUUAAUCUAAAAGAGAUGACACUCUUCAAGCUGGCAAAGAGGAACAAGAUACUAGCCACUAAGAUGGUAUACUAUCUCUUUGAGAUGCAGAGAUUCAAUACAGAUUUUUCGAUAGAAGCUGAAACAGAAAAACACGUUGAAAACAUGGCAUCCAACAAACUAAUGCGGUGUAAAUUAGACUUUUUAAGUGCUAUAAAGAAGGCUGUGAAGGAAACUGAUGGAGAUCCAUUAGAAACAGCAAAUGCACACUUAGCCUUGCUCUUAUGCGAUGAGAACAAUGAUAUAGAAACAUCAAUGGAUAAUGAUGCAAUGAGCGUCUAUCUUAGCCUAGCAAAGGAAAACAUCUCUGAAGAGGAAAUAAGCAAGUGCAAGAAUGUUACGCCUGCACAGGUUGUAAAAAUCAUGAUGCUAGAGCAUCUAAUGGCUGACAAUGUCUAUGACUACAAGACCAACCAUCUAUUGCGCGCCCUAGGAAGAGUAAUUGACAACGCAUUCAACCCCAUGAACUACAGCAGCACGGAUGUUCACGAGGGCAUGAAAGUGGGAAGAAAAGCACAGGACAAAAUACUCAAGUGUCUAAAUUAUGUGUGGAAUAGCCAGCACCCUAGUAGCGAUGAUAUGUUCAGUCCAAUUUACUGUUUCUGUAAAAACAACAGCAUAUCGUACUCUGCCUUUAAAGAUCUGCAGAGAGACUAUCUCUCUCUUAAAUGGAUCUAUCAGCUAGAUGCACCUACUCCAGCCGCAGAGGGACUGCUGUUUGAUCUAUCCUACACUCAUCCCAUAUACUAUGUGUGCAAGCGCUAUUCAUACGCUGCCUAUAUAUCUGAGAUGGAAUCUAAGUCUGGCGGAGAGCUGUAUAUGGCAUACCAUGACGUAUUUACACACAGUUCAUACAAGAAAAGCGCGAAAAGCGGCGAUCAAGCGAGCUUGGAAAACGUGAACAACUGCAUCAAAGCCUGGCUCUUCCCAACCACCGAUGUUUUCACAGGGGAAGACAAUGCCAAGGAAUGCAAUACUCUAGCUGCUGAUUUUAAUAAGUACAUAAAAAUAACAGAAAGAGAAGAACAAUUGAAUCAAAUAGAAGGUCAAAUGAGAAUGCGUAUGGGAGCAAUCAAAGGCCCAGCGAAAGCCGAGGCCAGUACAAGCAAUCCCUUGCAGGAUAAUCAGAUGGAAACUGAAGAAGCAUGA